AUGGCGCCGCAUCUCAGUAACGAGGAGUUCUUCACCUCCCUGACCUCCCUCUUAAGCACCACGUCCCAAAAAACCCGCGGCUCCGUCUAUCUCACCCAGAAACCACUCCUCAACACCACCUCCACCACCAGCGACGACCCUUCCCCCACGAAACCAGCAAUCCUAAUCCGCGCAACAGACGGAAACACUAACGCGCCCAACCCCAAGAACCCCAAGAACAAGAUCGAAAAAGCAACAAAGGCGAGCAAGGUGAAGAUCUCGACUGUUGUGGCGGUGGAGGAGUUGGAGGGGUUUUAUGGACGGUAUGCGGAGGUUUGUAAGGCGGGGAUGACGGGGUUGAAGAAGAGGGAUCGGAAGAGGGGGAAGGGGAAGGGGAAGGGUGGUUCUGGGAAGGGCAAGGCUUGA